AAAGAUCCGGAGGCUCAGAGACGGCAGUGACGGCAGUGAAUUACCUGAAUGUGUUUUGCGCAGUGCUCAGCCUCACCAGCUCCAUGUAAAGCCCAGCCCGAGACACCUGAUAUGAACUGCCACCGGCCCUUCUGGGCCAUUCAUUGCAUCAGGCACCAGGACAUGACGUCUCGUUAUCGGGCUGAGUCAGCGCUUGCUGGGCUCCCCUUUGCUAGGGAACUUAAUGCUUGACGGUCGGACAACGAAGGAAGCAGCCACAUGGCCCCUUUAAUCGCGAUAAAACCGUGCCUAAAUCCGGCGGAGUCUGGCGGAUAAUGUUGAGGAGGUCUUACAUAAACCGCCCGUUGACCCUGAUCGCAAGAGGAAACUCUUGACUUCCACAUAUUGACUAUGGAGCUGGAGCUUGAUAACGGCCGUACGCCGGCUGAGACGUCGCGCAAAGCAGAUCAUCUCUGCGUGUUAGUCCAUGGACUAUGGGGUAAUCCCUCCCACCUGGACUUCAUCGCCACCUCCCUGAGAGACCGAUACAAGGAGGACCGCCUCCACAUCCUCGCCGCAAAGCGCAACUCCGGAAACUACACCUACGAUGGCAUUGAGCUCGGCGGGGAGCGCUUAGCCCACGAGGUGGAAGAGACCCUGGAGCGACUCGCCGAAGAAGGCCACAACAUCCGGAAACUGAGUGUCGUCGGCUAUUCGCUCGGAGGGCUGGUGGCGCGAUACGCCCUGGGACUGCUUUACGCGCGGGGGUGGCUCGACAAACUGGAGCCCGUCAACUUCACCACCUUCGUCUCGCCGCACGUCGGGGUGCGCUUCCCGCUGAAGGGGACCUGGGGCUUCCUGUGGAACAAUGUGGGGCCCCGGACGAUCUCCAUGUCGGGGAAGCAGCUGUUCAUGAUCGACACCUUUCGCGAUACGGGGCGCCCGCUGCUCAGCGUGCUGGCGGAUCCGGACAGCAUCUUCAUCAAGGCGCUGAAGACCUUCAAGCAUCGCUGCGUCUAUUCGAACAUCGUCAACGACCGGUCCACCAUCUUCUACACCACCGCCAUCUCAGCCAUCAACCCCUUCGAGGACCUGGAGAAUGUACAGUUCGACUACGUGGAGGGGUACGAGCCCGUCGUCAUCGAUGCCACCAAGCCCGUCACCGUCGUCCAGCCCCCGCGUCCGUCCUGGCUGGAGCAGCUCCAGCGCCAGGUCGCCAGUUUCUUCACGAACCUGCCCUUCCAAACCCUCUUCACGGCCUUCGUCAUCAUCGGCGUGCCCUUAUUCUUGUUGAACGCAGUGAUCCAGAACUUCCGCAGCCAACGCCGCAUCCGCCACCACGAGGCCGCCCACUCCCGCAAGAUCUUUGACCGCUACCGCGUGCCCGUCCUAGUCAACGAGGUCCAACACGUCGUCGAGGAGGUCUUCGAGAGCGCCGGCGCUCGCCAGAAGCCCGAUUAUCUAUCUUUCACCACCACCACAUCCAAUAAGAAGACAUCCGACGCACCCAAGAGACGUCAACCUCUGCUCCGGCGCAGCAGCACGACCGACAGUUUUGCGAGCGAGAAAUUCCCCACGCUGGCACUGACUCCGGCGCAGUUCUCCAUCAUCGAUUCGCUGAACUCGGUGGGCUUCCGGAAGUUCCCGGUCUGGAUCCAUAACCAUCGGCAUAGUCACGCCGCUAUCAUCAUUCGAGUCAAGAAGAGGGGAUUCGACGAGGGCCAGGUGGUUGUGAAGCAUUGGUUAGACCAGGAGUUUGAGAUAUAA